AUAGGCGAGCGGUUUCAGUUACAUUUUCCGCCAGCUGCACAGAGGACGUGCGCUCCGUCGGCAUGGCGUUGUACAUGCGAGCGGUGAUGGUGGCGAUAAGCCUGCUGAGCGUUUGCUGCGGAGUGUUGGUGGUGGGACCGAAGUUUGUACGCUCCAACCAAGAGUACACGGUAGUAAUCAGCAACUUCAACAAGGCGUCGUCCAAGGUGAACCUGAUGCUGCGGCUGGAGGCGUACGGCGAGCAGGGAACGCCCCUGUUUUCCAUCCCGAAGCAGGUCGACGUGCGUCGCUUCAUGAAUCGCAUCGUGAGGUUUGAAAUUCCAGUUAUCUCCUCCCCAGCCAGUGUGAAGCUGAAGAUGAACGGACUGCGAGGGUUGAGCUUUUCCGAGGAGGAAGAUCUAGUGUUUCUCAGCAAAUCCUUGUCGGGCUUAAUACAGAUCGAUAAACCGGUGUUCAAGCCGGGCGAUAAGGUCCGGUUCCGGGUGAUCGUGUUGGACACGGAGCUGAAGCCGCCGGCAAGCCUGCAAGCAAUUCAGGUGACGGUUCGCGAUCAUCAGAACAUCGUCGUGCGGAAGUGGUCCUCGGCGAAGCUGUACGCCGGCGUGUUCGAGGGCGAUCUUCAGAUAGCGUCAAUGCAGUCGAGUGGCGCCUGGAACAUCACGGCACAGGUUGAUGGGCAGGAACUCGCUUGGAAGACGUUCGAGGUGAAGGAGUACGUGCUGUCGUCGUUUGACGUAGAGGUGCUGCCGUCCACCAUUCCGUUGGAGGAGCACCAGGGUCUCACCCUGACGGUAGCGGCCAACUAUCACUUUGGCAGGCCGGUGAAGGGAUUGGUCAAGAUGGAGCUGUACCUGGAGGACGAAAUUCUGGACCAGCGGAAAGAGUUCGAGGUGAACGGCAUGGGACAGGUUGAGCUCCGUUUCAGAAACGAGUUGAAGCUGUUCCAGGAUCAGCAGGAUGUGCAGGUGAAGGUGAUCUUCACCGAGCAGUACACAAAUCGAGUAGUGACGAAGGAGCAGGCAAUUACGGUCUACAAAUAUCUGUACCGAGCGUCGCUAGCACAGGAGAGCAGCCAGUUCCGUCCAGGGUUUCCUUUCCACUGUGUGCUGACCUUACGCUACCAUGAUGGCACGCCGGCACGAUACAUUCCCGUGUUGGUGCAAGUGGAGGGAGAUAGCGUAGAGCACGAGCAAGAGUACACCACUGAUAGGGUAGGCACUAUCAAGCUUGUCAUGCAUCCACAAAACUCCACCGAAGCAAUCGACGUAACGUUGACCGAAGAGAGCAGCGGAUUCUCGUUCACCGAGAGAAUAGAUAGAGUCGAACAAAUGAUGAAUGCGUUCAUGAAGCUAGAAUUGAAGUCAACAGUUAAACUGAACCGACUCAUGCGGCUGAUGGUGACGUGCAGCGAACGGAUGACGUUCUUCGUGUACUACGUCGUGGCCAAGGGUAACAUUCUAGACGCAGGAUUCAUGCGGCCCAACAGACAAACGAAAUACCAGUUUCAGAUCAAUGCGUCAGAGAAGAUGGUACCGAAGGCGCACAUUUUUGUGGCCACCGUGUUCAGCAACGUUGUGAUAUGGGACGCGUUGGAGAUCGAUUUGAAGCAGCUGAGCAAUCAUCUGGAAAUCAACAUCGAUGAAUCGGUGAUAAAACCGGGCCAAGAGUUGGAGAUUCAGCUACGAGGACGACCGAGCGCAUACGUUGGGCUAGCUGCUUACGAUAAAGGUUUGCUUGAGUUCUCCGGCCGGCACGAUCUGUUCUGGGAAGACGUCAUGCAGGUGUUUGAUGACUUCCACGCCGUCGGGGAGAGCGAGUUUAAUGCUUUUCACGGUAAAGGCCUAUUUAUAAAAACUUCAAGAGAAACAAUGCUGGAACCAGCGAACACUCCAUCGAGACGCUUCGGAAGAGGGAACAUUCGACCAUAUUCGAAGCUGGUCGCUUACCGGACCAACUUCCUCGAAUCGUGGCUGUGGCAGAAUGUGACCAUCGAUCCAUCGGGCAAGAAGAAGAUGAUCGAAAUCGUGCCGGAUACGACCACAUCCUGGUACUUGACGGGUUUCUCGAUCGAUCCGGUGUACGGGUUGGGCAUCAUCAAGAAGCCGAUCCAGUUCACAACGGUCCAACCGUUUUACAUCGUGGAGAAUCUGCCGUACUCCAUCAAGCGAGGCGAAGCGGCAGUGCUGCAGUUCACGCUGUUCAACAAUCUUGGCGGAGAGUACAUCGCCGAUGUGACGCUGUACAAUGUGGCCAAUCAGACGGAGUUCGUCGGGCGGCCGUUGGAAGAUCUGAGCUACACAAAGUCCGUCAGCGUUCCUCCGAAGGUUGGUGUACCGGUGUCGUUUCUGGUGAAGGCCCGCAAGCUCGGCGAGAUGGCCGUACGGGUGAAGGCUUCCAUAAUGUUGGGCCUGGAAACGGACGCACUGGAGAAGGUGAUUCGGGUCAUGCCGGAAAAUAUAAUUAUUCACAAUACUGAUUGGCGCUUCUUCAAUCUGUACCGAUACCAAACACAAGAGUUUAACAUCUCAUUGGAUGUUCUCAAGGAUGCCAACAUGAGCACUGUCAAGCUGGAGUUUAUCCUGUCGUCAAACCUACUCACGCCAGUCACGUACAAUCUGGAAAAUCUGCUCACCGUUCCAACCGCUUCGGGUGCCCCGAGCAUGAUCAACUUCAUCCCCAACCUGGUGGUGCUCGACUAUCUGAUGGCGAUCGGGUCCAACGAGAAGCAUUUGAUAAAUAAAGCGAAAGGAUUGCUGAGAAACGGCUACCAGCUUGAGAUGCAGUACCGUCAGCCGGACGGUUCGUUUGGAAAUUGGCCCAAGUCUCAGGGCAGCAUCUUCGUAACCGCUCUGGUAGGCAAAUCGAUGCAGAGUGCUUCCAGCUACAUAUCGGAGGUAGAUUUGAGCAUGGUCAGCCGACUGUACGAGUGGCUUGCCUCGAAACAGCACAGCUCGGGCCGGUUCGAGGAGAUAGCACCGAUCACGUACCAAGCUUUGCAGGGAGGAUCUCGCAACCAUAUAGCGCUAACGUCGUACGUGUUGAUCGCGUUCCUAGAAAACUCGGAAGCUUCCAAAAAGCACCAGCAAGUAGUUCGAAAGGGCAUACAGUACAUCGCCAACUAUUUGCCGCACAUAGAAGACGUUUACGAUCUGUCACUGGCAACGUACGCCCUGCUGCUGGACGGCCAUACUCAAAAGCUGACGGCACUAAACGCCCUCAUAAAGAGGGCCCACUCUUUCCAGGGCGCGGACGGGAAAGAGCUGUAUUGGGCACGAGAUACGGCCGAGAUUGAAACGACUGCGUACGGACUGCUGUGUCUGGUACACGAAAAACGAUACGUGGAUGGCAUCAGUGUGAUGCAAUGGCUUGUCAAGCGACGUGAAGUAAGCGGCAGCUUUCCCCGCACUCAGGACACCUUCGUUGGGCUGAAGGCACUCGCAAUGCUAGCGCAAGCGAUAUCACCACUGAACAACGACUACUCGGUCAUGGUGCGGUACGGCCGCACGAGAAAGGUGUACAAGGUCACUUCGACGGACGUGGAUCAGCAGUCCCGGGAUGUGCUGACCGGGACCGGGCGAAUGGUGACGGUUAGCGUGGACGGACGCGGGUUUGGAUUGUUCACGAUCGCCUACCAGUACGGGAUAGAUGUGAGGAAUAUUGACAGGCAGUUCAGGCUGUCGGUCAGGAAGCGUUUUAGCAAUCAGGGUUUUACGCUACAGCUGCGGGUGUGUACCAGCUUCAUGCCCCAGUUGGCGUACACGCGCUCUAAUUUGGCCCUGGUCGAGGUAAACUUCCCGAGCGGGUACGUCAUCGAUAAAGAUUCCUUAGUGGACAUCACCAAUCGGAGCCCGUUUCAGAAUGUGGAGUUUCGCUAUGGGCAGACGUCGCUGGUGCUGUACUACGAAAGUUUGGGACCGGAGAACAACUGCUUCACCGUGACUGCGGAAAAAUGGUUCCGUGUAGCAUUUCUGCGGCCGGCUUAUGUGCUUGUGCACGAUUUUUACAUCCCAACGAAGGAGCAACGAAAGAGCAACAUGUGGCAGUUCAUAAGGUCACGAAUAUUGACGGUGAUAAUCUUCAUAGGUGCUGCUCAUGGAAUACUGAUCGUGGGUCCUAAGUUUAUCCGUGCCAAUCAAGACUUCACGCUGGUGAUCAGUAACUUUAACGCUCACCAGGCCAAGGUGGAUCUGAUGCUACAGAUAUCGGGCCAAACGGACGAUGGAGCGAACGUGCUGAACAUAACGCAGAUGGUGGAUGUGCGCCGCAACAUGAACAGGAUGAUCAACUUCAAUAUGCCGGCGGACUUAUCAGCGGGGAACUACAGAAUUACCAUCGACGGACAGCGAGGCUUUAGCUUCCACAAGGAGGCUGAGCUGGUGUACCUCAGCAAGAUCGUGUCCGGGUUGAUACAGAUCGAUAAACCGGUGUUCAAGCCGGGCGAUACGGUUCAGUUCCGCGUGAUAGUGCUGGACACGGAGCUGAAGCCGCCGGCACGGCUGAAAGCGAUUCAUGUGACGAUCCGUGAUCCGCUAAAGAAUGUCGUACGGAAGUGGUCCUCGGCGAAGCUGUACGCCGGUGUGUUCGAGGGUGAUCUUCAGAUAGCGCCAACGCCGAUGCUUGGCAUCUGGAACAUCUCGGUUCUGGUGGAUGGGGAGGAACUCGUUUCGAAGACGUUCGAGGUGAAGGAGUACGUGCUGUCGUCGUUUGACGUGGAGGUGCUGCCGUCCACCAUUCCGUUGGAGGAGCACCAGGGUCUCAACCUGACGGUAGCGGCCAACUAUCACUUUGGCAAGCCGGUGAAGGGAUUGGUCAAGAUGGAGCUGUACCUGGAGGACGAUAAGCUGGACCAGCGGAAAGAGUUCGAGGUGUACGGUAUGGGUCAGGUGGCGCUGCGGUUCGCUGGAUAUUUCGGAGUGCACGAAGAUCAGCAGGAUGUGCUUGUAAAGACGACGUUCAUCGAACAGUACACAAAUCGCACGGUAGUUAAGCAAAGUCAGAUUACAGUGUACAAAUAUACGUACCGCGUUGAGCUGAUAAAAGACAGCCCACAGUUCCGUCCGGGACUUCCCUUCAAGUGCGCUCUGCAGUUCCGUAAUCAUGACGGAACACCUGCCAGAGGUGUUACCGGUAAGGUGGAGGUAAUCGACGUCGAAUAUGAAGAGACUGCAACGAGCGACAAGGAUGGUUUGAUCAAGUUCGAACUCAAUCCAGGCGAAGAUAUCGAAGGGAUGGAUAUAAACUUUUCAAACGAUGAGACUGGAUUCUACUUUUACGAACGAGUGGAUAAGGUGGACAUAGUGACGAAUACUUACAUCAAGCUGGAACUUAAAUCUCCCAUUAAAUUGAACCGUUUGCUGCGACUGAUGGUGACGUGCAACGAAAGGAUGACAUUCUUCGUGUACUACGUAGUGUCGAAAGGCAACAUAAUCGAUUCUGGCUUCAUGCGACCGAACAGGCAGAACAAAUAUCCGCUGCAGUUGAACGCGACGGAGAAGAUGAUUCCGAAGGCCAAAAUCAUUGUGGCAACCGUUGCGAGCCGUACCGUGGUGUAUGACUUUGUGGACAUUGAUUUCGAAGAGCUUCGUAACAACUUUGAUCUGAGCAUCGACGAGCAGGAAGUAAAGCCAGGACGUCAAAUCGAGCUUCGUAUGUCGGGCCGUCCGGGAGCGUACGUUGGGCUGGCUGCGUACGACAAAGGUUUGCUGUACUACAACAAAAACCACGAUCUGUUCUGGGAGGAUAUCAUGCAGGUGUUUGACGGAUUUCAUGCGAUCGAUGAGAACGAGUUUGACAAGAUUCACAGCAUGGGACUGUUUGCCAGAACGCUGGAUGACAUUAUGUUCGAUGGAGCAAACGAUAAGUCGGCACGGGACGGGCUACAGAUAAACCAUCCCACCACCAAGCUGGUCGCUUACCGGACCAACUUCCUCGAAUCGUGGCUGUGGCAGAAUGUUACCAUUGGCCGAUCGGGCACGAAGAAGAUGAUCGAAAUCGUUCCGGAUACGACCACAUCCUGGUACUUGACGGGAUUCUCGAUCGAUCCGGUGUACGGGUUGGGCAUCAUCAAGAAGCCGAUCCAGUUCACAACGGUCCAACCGUUUUACAUCGUGGAGAAUCUGCCGUACUCCAUCAAGCGAGGCGAAGCGGCAGUGCUGCAGUUCACGCUGUUCAACAAUCUUGGCGGAGAGUACAUCGCCGAUGUGACGCUGUACAAUGUGGCCAAUCAGACGGAGUUUGUCGGGCGGCCGUUGGAAGAUCUGAGCUACACAAAGUCCGUCAGCGUUCCUCCGAAGGUUGGUGUACCGGUGUCGUUUCUGGUGAAGGCCCGCAAGCUCGGCGAGAUGGCCGUACGGGUGAAGGCUUCCAUAAUGCUGGGCCUGGAAACGGACGCACUGGAGAAGGUGAUCCGGGUCAUGCCGGAAAGCUUGGAACAUAACAAGAUGGAAUCGCGGUUCUUCUGUUACGAUAACUACAAAAAUUCUACCUUCCUGAUGAACCUAGACAUCGACAAGAAGGCGGAUAAUGGAUCGAGAAAGAUUGCGUUCCAGCUGAAUCCCAAUCUGCUGACCACGGUGAUUAAAAACCUGGACAAUCUGCUCGCCGUCCCAUCGGGCUGUGGCGAACAGAAUAUGGUUAAGUUCGUACCGAACAUCGUUGUGCUGGACUACCUGAAUGCGAUCGGUUCGAAGGACCAGACGCUAAUCAAUAAGGCGACGGAUUUGCUACGGACGGGCUAUCAAAAUCAGAUGCGCUAUCGCCAGUCGGAUGGUUCGUUCGGUGUAUGGCACAAUGGUGGCAGCGUGUUCCUGACCGCGUUCGUUGCCAAAUCGAUGCAAACCGCUUCGAAGUACAUCAGCGAAGUUGAUGCGGCGAUGGUGGAGCGGGCGUACGAUUGGCUUGCUGCCAAGCAGCACUCUUCCGGCCGAUUCGAUGAGGUCGGUUCCGUGAUCCACAAGGAUAUGCAGGGCGGGCUGGGCAAUGGUGUGGCGCUGACAUCCUACGUGCUGACAGCACUGCUGGAGAACGAGAACGCCAAGGUGAAGCAUGCGGUUGUGAUUCAAAAUGCAAUGGCCUAUCUGAGCAGCAGGAUAGAGUCCAUCAACAGAGCUUACGAUCUUUCGAUUGCGACUUAUGCGCUGAUGCUGAACGGACACGACAAGAAGACGUUGGCGUUAAAUAGGCUCGUCGACAUGUCGAUCGUGUCCGACACGGAACGGUACUGGAGCACGGACAAUAGCAUCGAAACGACCGCGUACGCCUUGCUGUCGUUCGUGAUAGCGCAGAAGUACCUGGACGGCAUUCCGGUGAUGCGCUGGCUGGUGAACCAACGGUACGUUACCGGCAGUUUCCCACGCACCCAGGACACGUUCGUCGGGCUGAAGGCGUUGACAAAGCUGGCGGAAAAAAUCUCGCCCUCGCGCAACGACUACACCAUCACGCUGAAGUACAAGCGGUCCGUGCGCAAUUUCUACAUCAACUCGCAGGACAUCAACAUCACCAGCUACGAGGACAUCCCGGAGGAUACCCGGGCGCUGGAGGUGAACGUCGGCGGUAUCGGGUUCGGAUUGCUGCAGGUCAUCUAUCAGUACAGCUUGAAUCUCGUCAACUUUGCGCAUCGGUUCAAGCUCGAUCUGGAGCGGCAGAGCACGGGCUCCGAGUACGAGCUGCGGAUGCGGGUGUGCGCCAACUUCAUACCGAAGAUGACCGACAGCCGAUCGAACAUGGCACUGGUCGAGGUGAACUUCCCGAGCGGGUAUGUUGUCGAUCGGAGUCCGAUCAGUGAGCAGACAACCAUCAAUCCCAUUCAGAACAUCGAGAUUCGGUACGGUGGCACAUCGGUGGUUGUGUAUUACAACAACAUGGGUAUCGAGCGGAACUGCUUCACCGUGACGGCCUUCAGACGGUUCAAGGUGGCACUGAAGCGUCCGGCACAUGUGGUCGUGUACGAUUACUACAAUCCAAAAUUCAACGCCAUCGAAGUGUACGAGGUCGAUAAGCAGAAUGUUUGCGAAAUCUGUGAGGAGGGUGAUUGUCCCAAGGAGUGCGCAAAAGCAUAAUUUGUGGUGGUUCUAAAAUCUCGUACGAAGGUUCGCAUUUAUGGGCAGCUCAUGUAAUGAUACUUCAUAAGUUUGGCAAUAGUGUUUGGAAGUGAAUAAACAGGUUUGUUUUAAAUCAAUA